UACUUUUGUAUGGGCGGCCAUUUUAGAAUUGUCGCAUCCGUGCUACCGCACUCUCUGGUAGCUGAUACGGGUGUCGUUCUCGCGCGCUACUGUCUAAAUUGGUCUGGAAAUCCAAGGCCACUGGAUUGCAAUUUCUCUAUCGUACGUGUGUGUGUGUGUUCUAAUUUUACAUUGAUGUCUACUGUCUUCAUUAAUGUUGGACAGUGUGGCAACCAAGUGGGAGCUCAAUUUCUAGAUUCGCUUUGUGACGACAAAAAUGGCGCAUUUAGUGGAUUAUUGAAAGGAACGGACGGCAAAUUGCAGUCGAUCCACGUCGAUAGCGAAUCGAAAGUUAUUAAAAAGAUACUUUCCAGUGAUUUGAGUCGCUCACUAAAGCGAGACGCCAUUAUAUGUGGGAAGCGUGGGUGUGGCUCAAACUGGGGAUGUGGUUACCACAGGCGAGACCUACUGGAUCAGACUUUGGAAGUGAUGAGGACGGAAGUGGAAAGAUGUGACGUCUAUUCCGGUUGUCUCAUUGUACAUAGCUUAUGCGGUGGUACUGGAUCUGGACUGAGUUCUCGAUUAGUCGAAGCACUCAGAGACGAGUAUCCCCUCCAACACAUCAUGAACAUAGCAAUUGCACCCCACUGGACUGGAGAGAGUCCUCUACAGCAAUACAAUUCGCUCUUAUGUCUAGCAUGCUUGCAGCAAAACUCCGACGCCAUUAUGGUUUUCAACAAUGACAUAAUUUUCCACACCCUGGAGGAGGCCUCUGGUCAAAGUGCCAGAGGUGAGGAUAGAGGAUUUAGUGAUCAAGAGUUGAACAGUGUAAUUACAUCUUGCAUAUCUGGAUGCUUCCUUCCUGUCAAUGGUCAAGUGACCUUUAGCAACCAACCAUGGGAGUUGUUUCAGAGCUGUUGUCCUAUGCCUGAUCUCAAAUUUCUUACUGUUUGUCAACAAGUUUCUCAAAGACCUCAUACAUCUUGGCUAGAAAUUUCACAAUCUUUGACAAGAAAGGUGGCUGGUAGUUGCAGUGGUCGAAUACCAAGAACCGUGUCUGCCCUGGCUGUUGCACGGGGUCACACCGGGCACGCAUUUCAUAGUAACUUUGACAAAAUUUCUUCUCGACUAAAAUCUGAUUUGGGAUGUACUCACUGGAAUCCAUUUCCUUUGGACUUCUGGGUCGAUCUUUAUGGAAACAAAGCAAAGAGGAAAUCAUUGACUGUUGUGUUAAACAGCGAUGUAAUGGCAAAAUAUAUAUCAAGAGUUUCGGAAGAGGCCAGGAGGAAAUUCUUAGUGAAAGCUUAUAUGCAUUGGUAUGUUCAGUAUGGAUGUGAGGAGAAUGACUUUGAACAAGCAUUUCACACUCUGAGAAAAGUUGUGGACAAUUACGAGUAUUUCACCACACCAAACUUGCAAUAAUCUUAAUCAUGAGUUUCUUGGCAAUACAAAAUUCAUAAGUCAUGGACCCUCUGGUUAUGCAAGAAGACAGCAAAGUUGAUGCCUUCGGCAUUUACAUCUAUCACAAACGAUGAAUUAGUUGAUGUAAUUGUCCUUGGUCGGUUGCCAGUCCCAUAACAUUUGCUCUUUUCAAUUUUAGAUUACAUAUAGACUUAAUGAAUCGAAACACACCCAUCCACUACUUGAACUCGAUCCAAAAAUGUUCUGUUUUCCUUUUCGUUUAGACCUCUGUUACUUUCUAUGAUAGUCUAAACCGUUUUCAUUGUAAUCUUGCAUGCUUAUUCUGCAUUAUGUCACGCGACUGUGACAAUUUGGGGCUGUAGUAGCUUCCAGCUGGGCCCACUCCCUUAGCUCACCUUCCUUCAACUGAUAUAAUUACUACUAACUUAGAUUAGGUGUUUAGCAAGAGCUAUAUUCAGCAAGGACGGUCUCAGGUGUUUGUUUCUUCGGGGAAAGGUCGCUUCA